AUGGCGGAGCCGGGUGGCCAGGACGGCGGGUCUCAGCUGGAAGGCGAAUCAACUUCUGCAGGAGAGGAGGCCCAGAAUAAUGAAGGCGACAGGGUGUCACCCACCGGGAAGACCGGUGACCAAAACAUUGACGAGGCUGUUGGUGCUGCCGAGCUUUCUGAAGGGAAAAUUGAAACCUCUGGGGAAGUCACAACUGAAGGAGAAAUCGAAACUGAGGGAGAAGUGGAAACUGAUGGAGAAGUGGAAAUUGAUGGAGAAGUGGAAAUCAGUGGAGAAGCAGAAAGGGAAGAGGAAUUUGAAUUUGAAGGGGAUGAAGUCGAAUUUGAAUUUGAAGGGGAAUUCCAAUCCGAUGUGGAAGCCGCCUUCCCUGAAGGGAAAAAAAAAUCCGGUGAGGGGCUCCAGCAGGAAGUGUUUCCUCUGGAGGCACGACACCACCUCCGACUGAGCCCGGGGAGCAGCACCACCUCCUCAGACUUUGACGAGCUGCUCUUGAGCACGGAGGAGCCCUUCAUCCAGGAGCUAGGUGUCCCCCCCGAGGAGCCCGGUGCGCAGCCGGGGAGAGGAGCCGCGCCGGCCUUCCUGGACCGGAUCCAGCGGCUGGGCACCGCGGAAGAAGGGACUGUCGAGAGAGCAGAGUCGGAGGGGGGUGACGAGGCCGAGGAAGACAGACGCCAGCUGGUGGUUCUGGACCCCGACCACCCCCUGAUGGUAAGGUUCCAGGCUGCGCUGAAGAACUAUCUUAACCGCCAGAUAGAGAAGCUGAAACUGGAACUUCAAGAGCUGGUUGUGGCCACCAAGCAAAGCCGCGUGCAGCGCCAGGAGCUGGGCGUGGAUCUCUACGGGGUCCAGCAGCACCUGGCCCGCCUGCAGAUGCAGCUCGAGAAGAACCACGACCUCCACUCGGUGGCAGCGUGCGCCAGGCGGCAGAGGGAGGAGGAGCUUCAGAGCGUGCGCCUCCGCUACGCCAGGACCUGCGAGACCGCCAACAACGAGCGCAAAAAGCUGGCGGCUCUGCAAGCUGAGCUGGAGAGCCUGGCUCUGCAUCUCUUCUACAUGCAGAACAUAGACCACGACGUGCGCGACGACAUCCGUGUGAUGAGGCAAGUGGUGAAGAAGUCCGAGGUGGAGCGGAUGCGGGCCGAGGUGGAGAAGAAGCAGCAGGACCUUCACGUGGACCAGCUCACCACCAAAGCCAACCAGCUGGAAGAGCAAAUCGCGCUGCUGGAGGCUCAGAGCUGUGCCCAGGCCGAGGACACGCGGGCUCUCAGGAAAGCCGUGAGCGAGGCCUGCACGGAGAUAGACGCCAUCAACAUGGAGAAAAGGCGCAUCCUGCAGCAGUGGGCCACCUGCCUGGUGGGCAUGAAGCAUCGCGACGAGGCUCACAGGACCAUCCAGGAGGCGCUCAGCGAGUGCCAGCACCAGAUCACGUCCAUCGACAGGGAGAUCGAGGCCUACAAGAAAUCCAUCAUGAAGGAGGAAGAGAAGAAUGAGAAGUUGGCGGGCGUCCUGAACCGCGAGGAGACAGAAGCCAACCUGAUGCAGAAACUAACCACGCAGUGCCUCACCAAGCAGGAGGCUCUGCAGAGCGAGUUCAACACCUACCGGCUGGUGCUGCAGGACACGGAGGACACGCUGGGCAAGGCCCAAGUGGAGUACGCGACCACCAUGGGCGACCUGCAGUCCGUCCACCAGACCAUCCAGCACGAGCUAGAGCUGAGGCGGAGGAUGGAUGCUUCAAUCUUGGAAAAGCUGCAGGAGCACAUGACCUCCAACAAGAUGACCAAGUACUUCCAUCAGAUCAUCCUGAAGCUCCGGAAGGAAAAGACCAACCUGGUGACACAUCUUUCCAAAAUUGACGGUGACAUUGCUCAGACCACCCUGGACAUCACAAACACCAACUGCAGGCUGGACAUGCACCAGAAGACGCUGGUCGAGCUCGACAAGGAAGUGAAAAAGGUCAAUGACCUCAUCACCAACAGCGAGAACGAGAUCUCUAGGCGCACAAUCCUGAUCGAGAGAAAGCAAGGCCUCAUCAACUUCUUCAAUAAGCAGCUGGAGCAGAUGGUUUCUGAACUGGGGGGGGAAGAAGUAGGGCCUCUGGAGCUUGAAAUCAAAAGGCUGACCAAGCUGAUGGAAGAGCACAACACCAGCGUGACGCAGGCCCAGGUGACCUGGCUCCACCUGCAGCAAGAGAUGGUGAAGGUCACUCAGGAGCAGGAGGAACAGCUGGUGUCUCUGGACAUGUUCAAGAAGGAGAUGCACAUCCUGGAGCAGAAGAAGCUGCGGAUAGAAAACAAGAUCGCUCAGGAGAAGAAGGAGCAAAAGCAGAUCGAGCGCCACAUGAAGGGCCUGGACAACGACCUGAAGAAGCUCAACGUGCUGAUAAGCAAGAACCGGAGCAGCUCCGAGGGGCUGCAGCAGGACAACCUGGUGAUGGAGAAGGAGUUCGUGCGCGCGCUGAAGGCCUCGGAGAGGGAGACCAUCGAGAUGCAGGAGAAGCUGAACCAGCUGCAGGAGGAGAAGACGGCCACUCUGAACAACCUGGUGGAGGCGGAACACCAGAUCAUGCUUUGGGAGAAAAAAAUCCAGCUGGCAAAAGAGAUGCGUGCAUCGGUGGAUUCCGAGACCGGCCAGACGGAGAUCCGAGCCAUGAAGGCAGAGAUCCACAGGAUGAAGGUCAGGCAUGGGCAGCUGCUGAAGCAGCAGGAGAAGAUGAUCCGUGACAUGGAGCUGGUCGUCGCCCGCAGAGAGACCAUCUCGACUCAGGCCAAGGGGCAGUCCAAGAUGGACAAGAAAUUGCUCACCCGGACGGACUUCCACCACCAGCAGACAGAGCUGCAACGCAAGAUCAGGGACGUUCACAAGGCCACCGAGGAGUGCACGAAAGCCAUCUUGGAACUGGAGAAAAGUCAGAAAAACCUGAGCAGCUCCCUCUUGGAGAAGCAGGAACAGCUGUCAACAGUGCAGUCCAGCAUCGACGAGCUCGAGGCCGACCUGGACCGGCUCUUGGCCCUCAAGCAACAGAACCUCUCGGAGCUGGUGGCCCUGCAGACGCGGGUCAAGCACCUCCAGGCUGUGAAGGACGGGAGGUACGUGUUCCUGUUCCGCUCCAAGCAGUCGCUGCUGGCCGAGCACGGGCGCCUGGACAACCGGCUGGCCAUCAUCAGCACCAUCCUCGACCACGUGAAGGAUGAGUACCCCCAGUUCCAGGAGGCCCUGCUCAAGGUCAGCCAGACCAUCGCCAGCAAGCUCCAGCCGUCUGAGUCCCCCUAG